AUGGCAACUCACAGAAAAACCGCUAUUUUAUCAGUUUAUGAUAAGACAGGAUUAUUGGAUUUGGCAAAGGGAUUAACUGAAAGCAAUGUUCGUAUCUUGGCUUCAGGAGGUACCGCACAACUGGUUCGUGAAGCCGGGUUCCCCGUUGAUGAUGUUUCCACAAUUACACAUGCACCUGAAAUGUUAGGUGGGAGAGUGAAAACUUUACAUCCUGCCAUUCAUGGUGGUAUUCUAGCCAGAAAUCUGGAAAGUGAUGAGAACGAUUUGAAAGCUCAGAAUAUUGAAAAAGUGGAUUUUGUUAUUUGUAAUUUGUAUCCUUUCAAAGAAACAGUUUCUAAGAUUGGUGUUACCGUGCCUGAAGCAGUUGAAGAAAUUGAUAUAGGUGGUGUUACUCUAUUAAGAGCCGCCGCAAAGAACCACGCAAGAGUGACGAUUUUAUCCGAUCCAAAUGAUUAUGCUGCAUUCUUGAAUGAAUUAAAAUCUAAUGGAGAAAUAUCUCAAGAAUUAAGGAAUAGACUUGCCUUGAAGGCCUUCGAACAUACAGCUGAUUAUGAUGCAGCCAUUUCUGAUUUUUUCAGAAAACAAUAUUCUGAAGGUAAGGCACAACUACCUUUACGCUAUGGUUGCAAUCCACAUCAAAAGCCAGCCCAAGCAUUUAUUACACAAGAGGAAGAACUACCAUUUAAGGUGUUAUGCGGUGCUCCAAGUUAUAUUAAUUUAUUAGAUGCGUUUAACUCUUGGCCCUUAGUGAAAGAAUUAUCAGCUUCUUUAAAUUUACCAGCAGCAGCUUCAUUCAAACAUGUCUCACCAGCUGGUGCAGCCGUCGGAAUUCCCAUGUCUGACAUCGAAAAGCAAGUUUAUUUUGUUGCAGAUAUCGACAACUUAUCUCCAUUGGCUUGUGCAUAUGCCAGAGCCCGUGGUGCAGAUAGAAUGUCAUCCUUUGGUGACUUUAUUGCCUUAUCUAAUAUUGUGGAUGUUCCAACAGCAAUGAUAAUCUCAAGAGAAGUCUCUGAUGGUGUUAUUGCUCCUGGCUUUGAACCAGAGGCAUUAAAAUUGUUAUCUAAGAAGAAAAAUGGCAAAUACUGUAUCUUACAAAUUGAUCCAAAUUAUGUUCCUGAAGCAUUGGAAAGCAGACAAGUAUUUGGUAUUACGCUACAAGAAAAGAGGAAUGAUGCCAUUAUUAAUAAAUCAUCUUUCAAAGAAAUUGUUUCAGAAAAUAAAGCUCUAACAGAACAGGCUGUUGUUGAUCUUACUGUAGCCACAUUAGCCUUAAAAUAUACUCAAUCUAAUUCGGUUUGUUAUGCCAAGAAUGGGAUGGUUAUCGGGUUGGGAGCAGGUCAACAAUCAAGAAUCCACUGUACCAGAUUAGCCGGUGAUAAAGCUGAUAAUUGGUGGUUAAGACAACACUCAAAAGUGUUAGGCAUUAAAUGGGCAAAGGGUGUUAAGAGACCUGAUAAAUCAAACGCUAUAGAUUUAUUUGUAACGGGACAAAUUCCAGAAGAUGAACCAGAGAAAUCAGAAUAUGAGUCUAAAUUUGAAGAAGUCCCUAUUCCAUUUACUAAGAGUGAAAGAAAAGAAUGGUUAUCUAAACUAAACAAUGUUUCAUUAUCGUCUGAUGCUUUCUUCCCAUUCCCAGACAAUAUUUAUAGAGCAUCUAGGUCAGGUGUCAAGUUUGUUGCGGCACCAACUGGUUCUGUCAUGGAUAAGAGUGUAUUCAGCGCAGCAGAUUCAUGUGAUAUGGUUUAUGUCGAAAAUCCAAUCCGUCUGUUCCAUCAUUAA